UUCAGCCUUAUUCCCCUGCUCGCUGUCAAUACCUUGCAUUCUGUAAAUCGGCACAGAGGUCACCCCCCAGACGUAACCGAACAGCUCGUACACACUCCGCCAGUACGUCCUUUCCUCCGCGCUCGUCAGUCUUUCCGCGAACGGGUACAGGAGAAGUGAUUCAGUGUUGCGCGUGAUGACAGUCCAGCAAGGCUGCCGAUGAGUCGCGUCGCCGGCCAACUUUCUCGGACCCCUCUUGUUACCUUUUCUCCAUCGUCUACCCUCAUCUGGUGAUUGGAUAAGCCCACUAUCCCUUCAAGCUGUCUAGAAAGACCCGAGUUGGAAUCUGGGGUUGUCGUGGCUUGGCCGAAAAGAACUCGGCUUGUCCAACUGUUUGAAGCACGGGACCUGCUCCGACUCAACGGCCACGAUGAAACUGUAUGCCAUCUCAGAUCUCCACCUCAGCUACAAGCACAACCGUGAAGCUCUGUACGAACUGAGACCUCACUUGGAGGAUAGCCUGAUCAUUUGUGGUGAUGUUGGAGAGAAGAUCGAGCACCUCCACGAAGCGUUCAAGCUCACUACCAAGCUCUUCAAGCAGGUCUUCUGGGUACCCGGCAACCACGAGCUGUAUACGCUGCCGGGACAUCGCAACCGCGGCGAGGGACAUGAGGAGGACGCUCUCGACGAGGAACUCCGGGGAGAUUUCAAGUAUCAGGAAUGUCUCCGGGUCGCCAACGAGUACGGAGUCAUCACCCCCGAGGACGAAUACGUGAAGUGGGAAGGAGAAGGUGGACCUUGCAUCAUCUGCCCCAUGUUUACGCUUUACGACUACAGUUUUAGGCCCGAUGAUGUGUCGAGAGAGGACGCCUUGGAAUGGGCCAUGGAGGAGAACAUUGUUGCGACGGACGAAGCACUGCUUCACCCCGACCCGUACGAGUCGCGGGAUCAGUGGUGUCAGGACCUCGUCUCCAAAGCCGAAGAACGACUGGAAGCCACCUCUCAAAGAGGGAUCCCUCUGGUGUUGGUCAACCACUGGCCGCUGCGCCAGGACACCAUCACCAUUCCCAUGAUUCCCCGCUUCAGCUUAUGGUGCGGGACCAAGAAGACCGAAGACUGGCAUAGGCGCUUCAACGCCAAAGUCGUGGUGACAGGCCAUCUGCACGUUCGCAGGACAGAUUGGAGGGACGGGGUGAGAUUCGAGGAGGUCAGCCUGGGCUACCCAAAGCAGUGGCAGGUUGCACGAGAGAAAGGGUUGGACGUCAACGACCUGCUGAGGGAGAUCUUGCCGGCACCAGACAUGCAGGAUCCGGGUGAUGGCAAGACAAUUUGGAGAAGAUCUGGGAGACCGUCCACGGAUCUGGUCAAGAGCAUCAAGGGGCUGGAGUAGAGGUCAGCAAUGAAAACGGCAAAUCCUUGCGUUACACCGCAUCAGCACUUUCGGGGUCUUCAGGUGGUAGAAGCAUAUCCUCUCCUUGACAGCUUGUUGUCGUUGCUUUGCUUCUUUACGACGGAUUCUGAGCAGGGUUUGGGGCAGGACUGCGCUCUGCAUUUUGCAGCGUUUAUGGGCGUAUCAAUAUACACUUUGACAGAUUGAUAGAGCAGAGCCGACUGUGCUAGAGGUGCCGCUCAUGGGGGAAUAGCUGCUUUUAGGACCCAGCGAUGGGAAUCGGAUCGACGACGAGGC